AUGAUUCACUCUUUUCUGAUCUCAACUUUACUUACUCUUGCGGCUGUGGUCCACUCCUACCCAGCGCAAUACCCGAAGAUAACUGUCCACGAUCUGACGUCUCGAAACGCUGUUCAGCUGGAAUCCAGGCAGGAGAGGCCGGUUUCAUUCGAAUUUCACGCCAGCGGCGCCAAUUCAACCCAUGAAUUCGUCCAAGACGCCCUCCAAGGUCUGGAAUCGUACUUUGAGGAAUCCGACAACUGCUUGAAGGAGAUGAUCACCAUCAGCGUACUUGACCUUACUAUCGCUUCCUUCAUCGGGAAAGGUGUUGCCAAAUCAUCUGUCAAGCCAAUUUUCAGCCAACUGAAGGAGAAAAUUAGUAGCCUCAGCAUGGUCCACGGAACUACCAUGCAGCUUUGUGGAAACAGCCGGACCUCGGAACACACAGUUGGUAUUACGAUUGACACUUCGGGGGAUGCUACGGCCACUGAAAAGAUUCAGCGAGCUUGGGGCAGAGGGGAGUGUGCAGAGGUUUCUGGGCUGGUGACCUCUACACUGGAAAUAUCUAUCGAGGAAGCUGCCGUGGCCGAAACCACUCAGGUCUGA